GUCUUGUCAACAGUCCGAGGAGCCGCUGAAAACAGCUAUCUUCAGUCCAGAAACGAUGGCCGACUCGGAUGUCCGAUACUGUCAGCGGUUUUCCUAUUAUGUACUCAAAUUCAUCCUGUUCGCCUAUGCCUGCGGCUGGUGGCUAAUAGGCGGAUGCAUCCUGGCUAUUGGCAUUUAUGCUGAGGUGGAGAGACAGCAGUACAAGACCCUGGAGGGUGUGUUUCUGGCCCCAGCUAUCAUCCUGAUCGUACUGGGACUCAUCAUGUUUAUUUUUUCAUUUAUUGGCGUCUUGGCUACACUGAGGGAUAAUCUUACUCUGUUGAAAGUGUUCAUGUACACCCUGGCAGUGUGUCUGGUUCUGGAGCUAGUCGGAGCAAUCUUGGGGGUGGUGUUUCACAACCAGACGGUGGAUUUAUUGAACAAGAACAUCCGAAAGGGCAUAGUAAACUACUAUGACGACUUGGACUUCAAAAACAUCAUGGACUACGUUCAGGAGAAGUUUAAGUGUUGUGGAGGUGAAGGCUUUAAGGACUGGAAGGUCAACAUGUACCACAACUGUAGUGCGCCUGGUCCACUAGCCUGUGGUGUCCCCUAUACCUGCUGUGUUACUACUAAGCCUAAUGAAGUGGCAAACACUAUGUGUGGGUACAAGGUCCUGGAGAAAACGCAAUAUGAAUUGAGUGACAUCUAUACCAGAGGCUGCACUAAUGCGUUCUUUCUCUGGCUGAUUGACAACUAUAAGAUAAUGGCUAUACUGCUGUUCUUGAUCCUAGUGCCUCAGUUCUUUGGUGUGAUAGUCAGCUGGCUAUAUACCACUCGCAUUGAAGACAUUAUUGAGCACAGUCAAUCCAUUGAUGGGCUUCUGAUAUCCAGUGCACAGGAGAGUACAACCAAGAAACAACACCGCGUGGCUAAAUGGUUCAAGUGUAUGCCAGUGAUCGACUGACGGAGACGGAAAACAACAAGUACCAAAAAGAACUGAGCAAAUGCCCUCGGCGUGUUCGAUGUUCAGCAACCACAUUAUUUUUAGUUUUGAUGUUUGUGUUUUGUUUUGAUUUUUCUUUUUAGCAUCCACUGUUUUAAUUACUUUACUUUUAACUGCUCUGAAAUACAGUGUGCUCAUGGAUAACUGGAAAAUAACUCAUUUAGAAAUAGGCUUUUAACUGCAUUGUGCCUAAGACAGUCUCAGGGAUACACAGAAAUACAAACCACCUUUGCUUCUUACUUUGAUAUGAAAUUAGUCUCUUAAGAUGUAACACAAUAUCACAAUCUAUGCCUUUGCCUUAAUUUUAUAACUGCCUGUUUCUCCUACUGACCUUUCUAAACAACCACUGAUGAGACAGCAGUGAAGCCCUGGUAUACAAAAAUAGGCUAUUUUUUGUUUGUUAUUCAUAUGAAUGCUGGUAAAUUUGCCUUAUUUGUAUCUCCUGAAGCGACCAGCACCAGUGAUGCUCAGACGUAUUACAGACAUUUUAUAAAAGCAAAGAAUAAACUUUAUUAUGAAAUGCAAUUUUCUCAUCGUCAGCAGAUUAAAAAUAUUCAUCUCAGUGAAGUGGCACUGCCAUAACAGGCUAUCUCAGGGUUACUAUUACCAGCAAACCCUGUCUCUUAGAAAUUGCCACUGUAUUUCAGUUUGAGAUCCGGUUUCUGCUGGGUUAAUGUUGCCUAUCUUGGACUGGGACACUGUCUUGCAAAAUAAAUUGCAAAUCUAAACAAUUUCAAUAAAUAAAGGUUCAAAAACAAAUGUGUCUAAAUGAAGUAGCAAUAUGACAAAGAGUCGUGUGUGGGCAUUUUAUUAUGCUGAAAAUCAUUGUAUUGGACGUUGAUUUAAAAUAUACUGCAGCAUAUAAUCCAUUGUGGUUUUAUCAUUUACAUUUACAUAUGCACUUGUUAUGACAUAACUGAAUAAUGUGAAUUUAUUGUGCUGUUGAACUUUGCUUCUGAUUUAACAUCAAACCAAAGGAAAAAUAUUUUGUUGAAGCUGAUUUCCUUCUUCGUCUUGUGUGCCCAGUACUUUUUUUUUUUAACAGUGUAUUAGUAGUGAAAUAUUUCAGAUAUACAUGGUACAAUGCACAGUGAAAUGUAUUUAUAUCAGGUGCCAGCUGGUCAGCACAGGUCUUACUAUUACCAUGUGGUCCAGCACUAAAGCAUGUUUGCGAGCAUUUUAAGUUCCACUCAGUUAUUAUUCAACCAUGGUUUACAGAGUACUCCAAUUUGCACAGGAGGUGCUUUCAUUGACCUUGUUGCAUAUCAGCCAAAUAGGAAAUAAUUGCAGUCAAAUGAAUGUGGCUCAUGGUAGAGACAAAGGUUAUUUGAAAGAAAAAAAAAAUCUAAUUUGGCCUUGAGGAUGUGAAGCUAUUGGCUGGUGGAUAUAAGGUAAAAAUGUGUGUAUAUGUACCCAGUCAUAAGGGACAUUUAUCAUGUGUUGCAGUUAUUUUAUACUCUUUACAGUAAGGUUGUACUCACAGAGAAUCAGUUUCAAUAUGAAGUAAUAUACAACAGCUUCUCCGUGCAUGAAGAAAAAGUUUUAUUUUUCAUGAUUUUUGCAUCUGAAAAGAAGACUAUUUUUAGUUGCAUGGAUUUAAUUACACCACUGAAUGUGCGUCAUUGGCCUGACUCUAAACUAACGGUGACAAAGGGACUAUUUCAGCUAAUUCGUUUUAGAAAUUUGAUGGAAACUAUAAACUAAACUGAAAGAAAAAAAUGCGUUGUCCCGAUUCACAAUUCAAGUGCCAGUGUUGUAUUUUUAAAAGAAUAUCAAUACAUAGGUGUAGCUAUGUUAGUUUCAUAUGCAUUAUGCAUGUGUUUCACUUCCCGUUUCUAUGCCAUGUGUUGUGUAUUUAUCUUUUGACCCUGGUUGCAUACAUAUGUAGACAUUACAAGGGUGGUCUCGAUGGUAAAUCUGUAUUUAAAAGUUUGGGUGGGUGGAAAAUAAAACAAUUAAACUA